AUGCCCGUGCCUCAAAUGGAUGGCUCCUGCUUUGGCAAACCGGACAAGGCCGAACCAUCUACUGAAGUUGCACCUACAGGUCCUUUAACAAUGCCUUCUUUCUUACAGCUCAGUGAAAUCGAACUCCACGAUAAGUACGCCGAGCUCACUCGUCUUGAGAAUGAGCGCCUUGCGGCUAGCAAGGAUCCUAGUGCUGAUGGUCAGUGGGCGCGUCUUGAACCUGAUCCUGUUCUUGACCGGUACAACAAUAUACAUCCUUGGGCCAACCGUCGUGUCGUUUUAAGGGUACCAGAGGGUAUCAACGAUUACAUCAAUGCCUCGCCAGUUAAUCUGACAUCCACUUCUGCCAAACAAAGCAGCCUCAAGGCCGGCAUCCAAGAUAAAUACAUUUGUAUGCAAGGCCCCAAGCGUCAAACCGUCGACCAUGUCUGGCAUAUGAUCUGGCAUGAAUUGGCGGAACCCUACAAUUCCUCUCCAGCCGUAAUCAUCAUGCUUAGUCCCACCCAUGCUCCUAUGCCUGAUGAUCCAAGCAGAAUAUUUGAGAAGUGCUUCCCGUAUUACCCGUUGGACGAGAACUCCGAGCCUCUAUAUAUCAACGAGAGGAGUGAGCUGGGUGACGACUUCAAGGCGACUGUCAAGUUCGUGUCCCGAGAACCAGGCAUCGAAGGCACUGCUAUCGAGGUUCGCAAGCUGGUUAUGACUGUUGAGGGCGAAGACGAGGAAAAGCCUGUCUUUCACUAUUUGUACCCCAACUGGCCUGACUUUGGUGCUCUCGAGGAAGAGAAUGUAGCGAGCAUUCUUGCCUUGAUGGAGAUUACCCGCGAACAGAAUGGGAAAGGCGAAAAUCCUCGUAUUGUUCAUUGCAGUGCUGGCGUCGGACGUACUGGUACAUUCGUCGCCUUAGAAUUCCUGGUCGGCGAGUUGCAAGGUGGUGCAUGGGAGAGAUGGGAUGAGAGCGACCAUGCUGGCGAGGAUCCAAUCUUUCAGACUGUCAACCAAUUACGCGAGCAGCGGAAGACAAUGGUUCAAGCCUUCGAGCAGUACGCGUUCCUUUAUGAGGUCUGCCGGAAGAUCUGGGAGGAGAAGUACCAUACUCCUUGCGUUGGAGGUGAGCAUAGCCAUACAAUCCCACCUGAGAACCGGACCAAGACCGACGUCUGCGGUACUGGCCCCGACUAG